AAAGAUUUUACAUACGAAAGGCCUUCCCUAAUACGAUGUUAGAUCGUAGAAAGCUGGUAGUAGGCCCUUCAGAAGCUGAAGAAAUUUAAGAUAAUGAUUGGAUCUGUUGCAACAAGAAAAAAGAACUCACCAAAAUUUCAUGCCUACUAUGAAGAUCUAUGUGAACUGCAUAAUGUUAUGCCACUACGAAUGAUCACAUCACAAAAGCAAAAAGAUGUUCUUGAUAUAUGUGCUGAUAGAAUAAAAUUUGACGAGUUUUUUCCAAUUACAAAAGCUUUGGCUUGUGACCGUUCAUUGUGUUUCAUCGCAAUCAGGAGCAGAUGUCAAGGAAAAUAUGUUCACCAUAAUUUUUAUGGAAAAAGAAGAAGUAAUGUUAGACACAGGCCUCUGAUCCACACCGAUUUUGGUAUGAAUGUUGUCAUCAACGCACUCAAGAAAUGCCUUAUGCGGACUACUGUGCUAACACAUUUGAUCUUGGAAGGACUCUACUUUACAAAAAAUAAUCUGUCUUUAUUGUGUACAGGACUCUCAAACUGCUCAUCCAUCCAAAACAUAUCAUUUAAUCAGAGUAUUAUUGGCGAUGAUGGUUGUCAGUUGAUUUGUGAUGCUGUUAAAAAAUUAAGAAAUGUCCAUUCUUUGAAUAUUUCUGCAUGUGAGAUUGGUCAGAGUGGAGGUUACUGUAUUUCUCAGUUACUAAAGUAUCAACAACUGGAGAGAUAUUCAGAAACAUGGAAAGAGGCUCUACGAUAUCGUAUUGUUGAUGUUGACAGAAUGCCUGGAAUCAGACGUGUCAGUAUCAACAAUAACACACAUUUGGGUGAUGCAGGACUUAUGUAUUUAGUAGAAUGCCUUAAAGAUGAUCUCUGGCUCAAAGCCAUAGAUCUGCAAAACUGUGGAAUAACAAAUCAAGGUGCCCAGGAAAUUCUUAAGUUGCUGAAAGUUAAUACUAUUUUGACUGUUGUUGACAUAAGAAAUAAUCAUGAUGUGAAUGGUGAUUUGCUAAAUGCUAUAAAAAAACAGUUGGCUGAAAACAGUUCAAGAAAUGUAGAAGAUAAACAGGAGUAUAAAUGGAUGACCUUAGAUGCAAGCUUGGAGGAACAGUCUCAUUCUGCAGCUUCUAAAACACAUCCUUACUUCAUGUACUCAAAUCAGGAAAGAAGUUUACACCAAAAAGGAGUAGCAAAUGGUCAAGCUGCACGUUCCACAUCUUUUUGGGCACAGGAAAGCUGUGGAUCAUCUUACUUACCGCACCAGUUGAAUGUAGAACUGAAGCAACAUGUGAACCAUGAGGCAAAAAUUCAGGAACUAACUGAAGAGCUUAAUAAGAUGCACUUGGAAAUAAAAAAAGUUAAAGAAGAGAGAGACAGAUAUAAAAAGGAACUGCAGGAAAUGAAAGCUGACUAUAACAACCAUAUUCUACUGAAUGUUGACACUGUUCAUGCUAUUAAUGAAGCUUUUGACAAGCUCACAACUUAUUUGAAACGUGGGAGAAACGGAGAGAGUGAAAACACGUGAAUAAAACCAGGAGGGGAAUACAGAAAAAACAUUAGUAGUGGAAAAUGUUAAGAAGAUAAUAAAGAAGAAGUGUGAAAAACGAUUUACUUAUGUAUAAAAGUACUAAAUACUAAUUGCUAAGAGAAGAGGCAAAUAAUUGUAGAAAAAGAACAGAAUACUAAUUGUGGAAAUUUUGAUACUGUUCUAAUUAGACAUACAUUUGUAUGCAUACUAAUUAAGAAUUGUUUGCUGCACUGGACUCGCAUUCGGGAGGACGACGGUUCAAUCCCACAUCCGGCCAUCCUGAUUUAGGUUUUCUGUGAUUUCCCUAAAUCGCUCCAGGCAAAUGCCAGGAUGGUUCCUUUGAAAGGGCACGACCGGCUUCCUUCCCCGUCCCUCCCUAAUCCUAUGAGAUCCAUGACCUCACUGUCUCGUCUCCUCCGCCAAACAAUCCAAUACAAUUGUUUGCUGUAAUAUUGCACCAUUUUUAUGUUUGUUUCAACUGUUCAGCUUAUGUCUUUCUUGCUUCAUAAAAAAGGUAGUAACCAGUAAUUGUAAUUUUCUUCGUUUUCACUCACACAGAACAUCCAUACUUUUCAUUUCCCAUUGUUUUUUUGUUGCUGACUAAAAUGUACUUUGGUGUCACAUAUACACGAGCUAAAUGCAAGUGUAAUGUAUCCAAUAAUUAGUUCAGCUUACUGCUUUGUAGAGAAUUAAAAAUUAAUGCAGAGGCUGAUACAAAAUUGUUUGUUCAUAAGGUAUAUUCCUUUUCAUGUUUUAUAAUUUUCUAGUAUUUUAUACACGUAAGUCCUCAUGUGUUAACUUCUUAAGCUAGAUUUACUUGUAUGAAUACCUGAUACCGUGCUGUAUCUGCAGUAGCGGAGAUAAAACAUGAAUGAUAUUCAUCAAUCUGUUUUUAUCGGGAAAAACCAAUAAACAAGAACACUCUUGAUGUCAACAAAACAGUUGAAACAAAACACAAUUGAAGCAAAAAACAAAAUAUGGAUCCCACAUCGGAUCUUGUAACAGAAGAAUAACAAAAUAAAACAUUUUCCUCACAUCAGAUGAAUUCACAAUUGCGAAUAAGGACUACCAUCAGUUGUAGAAAGGAAUGACAACAAUGAAAAUCUGUGCUGGACCAGUACUCGAACACAGAUAUCCCUGCUUAUUGCGAGUUAUCGCUUUGCUGUUUGGCUAUCCAUGCACAACUCAUGGCCAGACCUAAACUUCCACAUGUCGUCAACCAUGCGAAUCCUUUGGACAAACAUGCAUGUCCCUAGGAACUUUGUAUCAUAAUCAGAAUAACAUAGGCAUUGCAAUAUCGUAUUUAUCUCCCAAUAACAGGUAAGCAACUUUCAAAUACAAAGUCUGACCUGUACAGGAACAUACAUAAUGGAUGUACAAGUACAGGCUGUAGAUGCAUGGUUGACGACAUGUGGAAGUUUAGGUCUGGCCAUGAGUUGUACACAGAUAGCUAAGUGGUAAGCAGAAAAUCUAAGUUUGACUCCCAGCCCGACACAGAUUUUCAUUGUUGUCAUUCCAUUCUACAGCUGAUGGCAGUCCUUAUACACAAUUGUGAAUUCAUUUGACGUGUUUCGUAAUGGCUGUGAAUGCCACAGUGCAGAACUUUGCAGUGUAAUCCAAAUAACACCAGCCCUGUAAUAUCUUAUUAUCCUCACAAGUCUCUCGCUCAAGUAGGUCCACCUAAGGAAAGAUGGAAACAAAACUACUAGAGAUUGGUUGGCACAGCAUUGUCACAAAGAUGUCCAGGGAGGCCAGACCAUCGUCACAUGACACUGUGGAGUCACAAUCCGAAGUUAUCACUCCUGAUGAUCCGCGACUGCCAGCAGAUUAGGUGCGUGAAUGUUGCGACGAGGAUAACAGAUCCCUACAAGUCCAGGUGGCAUAUCAAAUUGCCUUCAGGCCAGCGGUGUACCUGCUUAUAAGGCCGGUUGGUGGAUGGAUCUUCUGUGACUAUUUUUGAUCACGUGAGUGGCAUAUGAAAAUAGUCCACUUGUUGAUUACGACCUCUGGCGUUGAUGUCGAUCUGCGGUGCUCAGGUCGUGAACCCUGGUGGCCGUUGGCUGAGUCACGAAGCUGUGUUUUCAACUCCGGCAGCAGUCUUGGUCAUAUUGUAAACAUCUGAUUUGGUUUCACUUGCUGUGAUGAAGGCAUCCACAUCUCUGUUCUGUCAUGCUGUAUGUCAAUGUCAGGGCAGCUGUGAUGAAUACUGCAGGAAGAUUUAGCAGAUUCUCUAAUUCUCCCUUUACAUGAAGUCAAAAUUGUGUGCAGACUUCCACCUUCUCUUUCACACAGUUACCUAUACUGAAAGGGAAAAUUCUUGUCUUUCACAAUAAGAUUACUGUCAAUUCUUAUCCUACUGAAUUGCACAGAAAGUUAGAGAAUGACAGUUUUAAACUCUGUACAUGUUAUUGCUGUUGUUGUUCUUGUGGUCUUCAGUCCAAAGACUGGUUUGAUGCGGCUCCCCAUGCUACUCUAUCCUUUGCAAGCCUCCUCAUCUCUGGAUAACUACUGCAACCCCCACGCAUCUCAGUCUGCUUACUGUAUUCAUCUCUUGGUCUCCCUCUACAACCUUUAUCCCCCACACUUUCAUACAGUACAAAAUUGGUGAUCCCUUAAUGUAUCAGAAUGUGUGCUAUGAACCGAUCCCUUCUUCUUCUUCUUCCAUGUUUCACUUCCAUACAUGGCUACAUUCCAUACAAAUACUUUCAUAAAAGGCUUCCUGACCUCAAAUCUGUAUGCAAUGUUAACCUUCAGAAACACUUUUCUUGUCAUUGCCAGUCUACAUUUUAUAUCCUCUCUACUUCAACCAUCAUCAGUUAUUUUGCUGCCCAAGUAGCAAAACUCAUCUACUACUUUAUCUCAUUUCCUAAUCUAAUUCCCUCCCCAUCACCUGAUUUAAUUCAACUACAUUCCAUCAUCCUUGUUUUGCUUUUGUUGGUGUUCACCUUGUAUCCUCCUUUCAAGACAUUGUCCAUUCUGUCCAGUAAUAUUCACACCUGUCGGCAACUGCUUUCUUUGGAAUUGGAAUUAUUAUAUUCUUCAUGAAGUCUGAGGGUAUUUUGCCUGCCUCAUACAUCUCGCACACCAGAUGGAACAGUUUUGUAAUGGCUGGUUCUUCCAAGGCUGUCAGUAAUUCUGAUGGAAUGUCGCCUGCUCCCAGUGCCUUGUACCUGAUAGAGGCUUAAAUCUGCUGUGGUUGGAGAGGUUCUGUGAAGUUUUAGAGCUGAAUAAACAUUAGACUGAAGCCAGACUCUGCAGAUAUUUAGCUUGCAAUAAUUUUCCACAAAGAUCUAUGUGUUGCACAUGUUAAUUCUUAAAAUCUGAAAUAGUAAUGGAAAGUUGUAGUGGAAUGUAAACAAUUUAAAGAGUAAAUGUAAUAACAUGAAUAGUAGAGGCAAUGAGUUGACAAAUGACAAAACCGAGAACUGAAUUGUUUUUCGCAUAUCCACUUACCUAUAUGCAUGCCCCCCACACCCCCACCCCCACACACACAACUAUACGAGCUGUACGAGUACAUUGUGCUGGCUGAGUAGGCACUCCAGGUAUGCAGCUAGUCGAGUCUUGUUUACAUACAUUUUAAUGACUCAGCGCCUUUACUAUUCAGAGUCAUUACCUUUACUUCUUAAAUUUUUUAUAUCUAAUUGGAGGAAAAAUCACUACUUGACAAAAGAGGUGAUGGGAAAAAAAACAACCAUCUUUCAAUUUUUACUAUCUUAAGAAUGAGUAUUACUCCAUCUGAAUCAGUUUACUAAGUAUUCAUUUGGUUGUUUCGAGAUGGGUGAGCCAGUGAACGGAGGAAGCAUCCCCAUAUGAUAGGGUUGAGAGAGCUGGUUGCAGUAAGAAGCACUUUCUUCACAUAGCACUGCCCUCACAGUAAUAGCAGUUAUGUUUUGUUUCUUCAUACCAACCACUUAACCUGCAGACAUAAUUAACAUUCCUAAGUUUCAGCGACAGUGCUUCUGUUAAUAGAAGCUGUAGGAGAUCCCUUUAAUAGAUCAGGAGCUAUUACAUUACUCAUUUACACACAAAAUGUUCAUAAUGCACCUCAGUCAAAUGAAAUACAGUUUUAAAUAAUGGCACUGUAGCUGAAUAUGUACUGCCCUUUUAUCACAGAGCAGAGACUGAAGGCUCUUAAAUUUUAUUGAAAGUCUUUGAAUUUCUGUUAUUUCAGUAUUAGGAAGUAUACAGACUAAGAUAAAGUGCACUGUUAUUAAUGACUUACACAUUAACAUCAAGUUUUCCUUUCAAUUCAUGGAAGGAUAUGCUAUGGAAUAAAUAUUUCUCAUGCAAUCUGUAGAAUUUUGUUUUCUAUUGUCAUUCAGAAAGUGUAAGCCAAAAUAUUCUGUGUGUGUUUUUACUCCAUUGUCAUCAAUUUUUAUAUCAAAUUACAAAAUUCUGUGCUGGCUGCAAAUAUCAACAUUGUAACAAAAUUAGCAACAAAAUUGUGUGUUAAAAUUUGUAGAAAAAAAUCCCACAAAAAUGGUGCAAUGUAUAAGCCUAAGGAGAUUAUGGAAUAUGAACAAAAUAGAAGAAAUAAAAUUUCAUUAAAAAAAAA